AUGACCACUUCAGUUGACUGGGCCGCUAACAGCUCUAAUCUUGCAUUCCGUGCUGCAGCCGACAAGGUCGACUACAUUCUGGGGCAGGCUCUCCAAUUGGAUCCUGCCGAUCCCAGACACAUCGCACUUGGGACGGAGCUGGCCUCAACCCUUAGUUUUACCUUCGGCUCCUUUGCCUAUGGGGCAACCUCUGUGUCGCCCAUGGUGCUCUCUGCCGCCGCAGAGAUUCAUGAGCACCUGGACGCAUCCCGCUGCAAGAUUGCCACUGCCCCGGUCUGGUCCAACAUUCGCCCAGACGAUCCGCGGAGCCGCUCCAGCCCGCUUUACCCCUGCAUUCAUGGCUAUGGGAACCCCCCUCCCUCCACCAAUGCUCCUGUUUCCGGUCCACUCAACCCCCCUGCCCCCGCCCUUCCUCCUCGUGCCGGUCCGUCCAACCGCCUUCCCCCCACCAUUCCUCCUGUUGCCGGUCUGUCUGGAUCCAAUGCCGCAUUGGCCCAGGAUGCCGCAGCCCUUGCAGGCAAGGGCAAGGGCAAGGCACGAGAAGAUCCUGUGGCCGAAUCUACAGAAGAGCGCGGUCGCGGUAUGGAACGAGGCAAUCAGAGUCGGGCGCCGAAGGCUAAACGGCAACGUGCCACCUCCAAGGCCAUGAUCACCAGCGAGGACGACCGGGAGUUGGACGAGGCCGACAUUCCUCAGGACAAACCGGUGCCGGCGGCCAGGAAGAAGUCAUCCUUGCCCACCAGACUUCCCCCCGCCCUCAGGAAGACCCGGCUGGCCAGCAAGUCGGCAUCCCUCACCAUCACCAGCACCGAUGAGGAGGAUGUCGAGGCGCCGACCAACCCUCCACCCAAGAUGCCGAAGAAGUAUGUCGAGAUUGCUGAUGAGGAAGAUGAAGAGAUGCCGAUGAACGUUGGCCCGGCGCCGAAGAUGGGCACUCCAUACAUUCUAGUUCCACCCGCACCAAUUGCGAUCGCCGGCAAUGACGCCGCCGAUCCCAACGUAUGGCGGCCUGGUUGCGGCCCAUGCCGCCACAGAGGGCUUGCAUGCCGCCAAGGCUUCAACAUUGCCGGGUCACCACUCACCGUGUGCGAAAGCUGCCACCGCCUCAAGCAUCGGUGCGGUGGUAACGGUUCUGCCAUCCCAGCCACCAAAGGCAAGAAAGCCGCAGCGACCACAUCUCGGCCCCCGUGUUCAAAAUCUCGCCGCCGUCCAUCACCUGUGCAUGUCUCCCCAGAGACAGUUGAUUCAGCUGCUCCAGCAGCAGCCUCCACAUCUGGUGCACCUGCACCGGUUGUUGCUGCCAUCACCGCUCCCGUUGCCGCUCCCGCUCCCAUCACCGCUCCCAUCACCGCCACCGCUCCCAUUCCCACUCCCGCCGCCGCCUCCACUCCUGAUCGGCCAGCAGAUGCAUCUGUUGUAGCCCUAAUCGAGGCCUUACAUUCCACCGUCGCCUCAUUGGAGGCAAAGUUGCUCCCUCCCCCAGUCCCGGCAUCACCUGUCCUGGCUUGCCUGCCGGUGAUGAUCAGCAACCUCAGCGGCAGCAGCAACAAUAUUGCUGCGGCUGAAGAUGGAGCUGAGUCCGCGCCUGGAGGUAUUGGAGAGGCUGAAGCGGAGUCCACGUCCGGUGUCAAUGCCGGCGCCAGUGGCAACAACAUGGAUCUGGAUGUUUCUGAGGAUCUGGAGGCUGCCGCUCCGUCUGGUGACAUUGCCGGCCUCAGCGGCAACAGCAACAAUAUUGCUGCGGCUGAAGAUGGAGCUGAGUCGGCUCCUGGAGUUAUUGGAGAGGCUGAAGCUGAGUCCACGUCCGGUGUCAAUGCCGGCGCCAGUGGCAACGCCAUGGAACUGGAUGUUCCUGAGGAUCUAGAGUCUGCCGCUCCCUCUGGUGACAUUGCCGGCCUCAGCGGCAACACCAAUGAUGUUGUAGCAGAGGCUGAGGCGGCAGCUGAGUCUGCAUCUAUUGCAUCCUCCGCCCAUGAAUGA